ACCUACUCCACCUCACUCUUCACUUUCGUCAAAUUCAUCCUACCAUGUCUCUGCUCUUCAACGUCUUCCUCCUCCUCUCUUCCAUCUUCACCACCACCAUCGCCUACCCAUCGUUCCUAUGGUUGCCUGCUAGCUUGAAGAAUGGUUCUCUUGCCAACAACUUAGAGAUGAAGCUGUCGACCCACAUCAGCACUUAUGUUGACACCCCCGGCCAUGUCUUGGAUCAUUACUUUGAUGUCGGAUUUGAUGUUGAUACGCUUGAUUUGGAGGUUCUCAAUGGUAAAGGAAAAGGAUUUUGAAAUUUUCAAUUGUUCAUUCUAAUUUCACUCCAUUUUACAAUUUGCUAAUGCCAAUAUUUGGUCAUUUGGUAGGUCCUACACUGUUAGUUGAUGUUCCAGGAGUCAAAAAUGGAUUUCACAAUGCAAAAAACCCAAUAUCCUCAAUUUUAAGCCAAUAAAUUCAGUUAUUUUUA